CACGCCUCUCCCGCAUAAAUACUCAACACAACUGUGGUGCGGAUCAGACGCGCAAUAAAAAGCAGUUGUUUGUUGUUUCCGAAGUGCCGCUGCGUGGUUUUUUGUUCGCACGCGGGUUCCUGUCUGUUUGCGUCGGAGCGGAGGAGAAGACGAGCGACACGAACAAGAAAGAAAGAAAGAAAGAAAGAAAGUAGAGAGAAGUCCACGGCUGUAAUUGGCAGCAGGUGUGAAUUCAUGUCUGUAUUCUCCCCGCAGAUUUACUGCCCAGUGUUUGUGCCCAGCGGAGAUAUGACUGAGGUGAUGAUCAACACCACCCCCAUGGAGGACAUGAGGCUCAGCCCCAGCAAGGACAGACUCUCCUUCCAGAUAUUCCCCGACCCCUCAGACUUCGACCGCUGCUGCAAGCUCAAAGAUCGCCUGCCGUCCAUCGUGGUUGAGCCGACCGAGGGAGAGGUCGAGAGCGGAGAGCUUCGCUGGCCGCCGGAGGAGUUCCUCAUCAGUGCCGAGGAUGAAGAGGAGGAGGAGGACGACGAUGAAGAGGGGGAGGAACACAAUAAUGGCAGCAUCCAAAAUGGACAGGCCACGCAGAAUACUCAGCACUAGAGGCCGCGCUGAGGCACCCACGCUCUCCUGUUCUGUUUCUUUCUGGUCCACUCUCCCUGUCACACACUGGUUACACUUCACCUCAGCACUCGGCAGACUGAUACCUGGCGGACGCACGUGCAGUGUCUCGUGAUGCCAUCUCGCUGCCCUCGACACCAAAGCAUCACUCCUGCAAGAGAAAUCAACACAAACACACACGUUCUCACAAUAAUUUAUCCUCCUGGACUCAAACGCACCCAAACUGACUUGAAAAGAACUCACACACACACCUCUCUCUAACACACACCCACUUCCUACCAUGCCUCCCUACCACUGUGUGUGUCUCGGCCCAGAACGGAUGUCCCGUGUGACAGCGGCAGCUCAGUGCCUCACGGACAGGUCUUAUGCUGCGGGGGCACUACCGCUCUGUACCUUACUCCAAAAUGGCCGGCUUCAUGACCCCAGAGACUUUAUACUCGCAUACAGAUCCAAUUGUGGUACCCGUGUGGGAUUAUUGUCUACAGCUCACUGUUUCGGUUUCUGGAUUGAUAUGAUUAUUGUGAUUGCCACGGCUGUCCAUAGAUUUGUUUUGUUUCUGAGGAGAAGUUUGGUGAUUUGCCUUUGUGGGGUAUUUUGUGCAAAAAUGUUACUUGGGUUUUAUUUGGUUUUGCCCCAUCACAGGAUUUGUUUAAGUUAAAUAUAUAAAUUUUUGGCCUGCAUUUACAAUAAAAAGGCAAAAUUUAAUCAUAUUUAAUGGAUUAGGUGAAAGUUAAAGAGGGAGAAAAACGGUUAUUAAUACUUGCAUCAUAAAUUAAUUUAGGACACAGUCAUGCAAUGAUGUUGGCCUCCUGUAAUCAUGAGACAAACUGCAGGUCAAUGACGAAGCAAAGAUUCCAACACUGGAAAUGUGACGUAAGCAGCUUGUCCCGAAGGCGAACGCUCGCUAACCACGAGGGGAGAUUGAAAAUGUACAGCCCGAUGAAGGAGGUGUAAAUACUCGUUCCCCUGAGGCCUUUUUUUGUUGUUAGUUUUUCUUCUCAGUAUCGCUCUGAGCUGAACACAUCUGAAUAGAAAGUUUCUCUUUCCUGGUCUUCCUGGUUUUUUUUUUUUGUUUUUUUGUUUUUGAAGACAGCUGUAUGUCUAACGUUGUGAAGUUCAGCUCACGGGGAAAUUCAGACUGUAGGACGAAGUUCACAAACAAGGAUACGGACUGUAUCUGACACAGUAUUAAAAGAGUUAGGUCCUGUUAGUGGGGAAAUCUCAUUCGCUCUCAUUUUAUUCACCUGUAUUAAAACUGUGGUGGGGUUGGGGUAUUUUUUUUCUUUUUACUUUUUGAAUCGCAACAAACUGUUUGUGAAAAGUCUUGUCGGUCAAUACGUGGAUCUGUGAAUCUGAAAAACUGUCGUACAAGCAUGACUGAUGUACUAUGUCCCUGUUCUCUUUUUCGUAGUUUCUCAUUUGAGUGGCAUUAGGGCUGUGUACAAAACAUCUCUCUCUUCGUCCGUCACCCACAGGUCCCACAUUGUUUUUGUAAAGCUCAGGGAGAUUAGCCGCCAUCUUUCUCUUGUUUUUUUUGUAUUUAGACCACUUUUCUCUGUAACAAUUACAGAGGCUGUAAAUAAACAUUUGAAUUUGCUAUCCAA